AUGUUCAUAGGUAUGCGGUAGCAUGGCUACUGCAUCCUAUAAAUACCGCAGCCCCUUGUGCAACAACUACCCGUUUAUACUUUUUUGGCUCUGAUGAAGGAUUCGAGCAGGAAUCUGAAACGUCAGGCUAGUAAAGCUCUUGUCCCGGCGAUGGUGUCUCCUUCUAACGUCACAGCCCUCAGGAUGUUGCCGUCUUAUCAAAAACAGUAAUUGACAGGCUAAAUAGCUUGUUUGUAAGCCAACUUUUUUACCUCUCCUUCCUCCCCCCCUUUCUCCCUUUCCUCUGCUGAGAUUUGGAAGAAUCUUCCCAUUCUCGAGUAUUGUUGCCCAUUCUUUUGUUUGAUGAAUGAAGCCAGUCGUUUAAAAAUCGAAAAUGUCCAAAGACGUUUUUCUUAAAAAACUUUUAGACAAGGAACAUCCCAAUAUCUCCUAUUCAGAUAGAUGCCAGGUAAUUAAUCUAAAAUUUGUAUGGGUUCGAAGACUAGAAGCGGGCUUCUGUCUCCUCUUUCGCAUUAAUUAUAAUUCAAAUUUUCCUCGGAUUUCAGCAUUUACCCUUAGUAUUCGCCCAUACAAUCUUCGCAAUUCGUCUCUGAUAAUACCUCCUCCAGCGUCCUCCAUCUCUCAGCGCUCCCUUUUUUCGCUUCCAGAUAUACUUCUCUCUGGAAUAACCUUCCAAUUAAUAUAAGAUCUUCAGAAAAUCUACACACCUUUAAGAAAAGGCUACGCCUUUAUCUGAAUACUGACUCGAUUAAACUUUUAUUUUCCUCAUCCUUCCCAGACAACUUUUGCUAUGACGCUGAGAAAGGGCCACCAGGAAUUUAGUAUGCCGCCAUUAAAUUUCCGUAUCUGUUUACAUUUCCUUCCUUUAUGCGUAGUCACGCUUCCUAAGAUCCCUCACCAGAAAUGUUAAUUAUUCCAAUUUUUCAGUUCAUGCAUCGUACCCUCACAGAAUGCGCACCAUCGAUGCUCUUGGCGAAACCUUCUGUAUUCGCCAUAUACUAGUAGUCUGGUCGCAUCUCCCUUGCCCCUUCCUCGGAUAGACUCGGUUGAAUGUAACCGACCCCAUCUGGGUUCCUAUCAGCUCGAGACUGGUUUUCAAUUUCGCCACUUAUUUGUCUUUUUCAAGGCCACAUAAAGACCAGUCCUGACCGACCCGCCUACUUACCCCUUUAUGAAAUCCGUUAUACAAUGCCAUAUAUAACUGACAUUUAUUUCGGCCCUGUUGAUGUCCGACUAUAUUCCAUUCUAUACCGCCAAAUGCAGGCCAGUCUUGCCCGCAUUUUUCUGAUUCUAUUUUUUCGGUUUUUUUCUCCCCUUAAAUUAAUCCAAUCAUUUUUAAAUUUUCAAAUGGAGUUUUUUUUCCCCCCCCGCUUAUCAUUUUGCUUAACGGACUUCUAAUCUCAAAAACUAUGUAUUGCACUUUGUACAGAUUUUACCUACCUCGUCUUAAAUUCGCAUGUUAAUUUAUUUUACUUGCUCUGAUGGGACCCCGACGGGUCUUUAAUAGAAAUAAUUAAAUUAAAUUAAAUUAAGCGUCUCACUUGCCACCGUAACAAACUGGUACAUGUGGAUGCUGAUUUAGGCUCCUUAAAUAAAAAUUUUAUUUUUAGUCGCAAUGACUGCCAUCUUUCUUCAGAUGACAUUCCCCUAUCACCAUGUACAUUCCAACCUGUGUCUGUGGUAACAGUAGAGAAACACCUUAAAAAGGUCCAUAAACCAACAGCUGCCAGACCGGACGGUGUCUCGCUUUUUCUUCUUCAAUCUUGUAGUUCUCAGAUAACCCCUAUUUAACGCACCUAAUGAAUAUGUCUUUCAUGGAGUGUAAUAUUUCCCGACGCCUGGCGUACAGUGAGAAUCACUCCCAUCCCUAAAAAACCGCUUAUUUUGGUCCUAAAUCGUCUUCUCCAAUAGCCUGCUCCUCCACAAUUCCAAAGCUUGCUGAAAGAGUUGCCCUAGAUAUUAUAAAGCCUUUUCUUCCAGUUUUUACGACCCUUUACAAUUUGCAUACAUAGCAAAACACAGUACUUUAGAUGCGGUUGCAAAUGAGGAUGAUGAUGAUGAUGAUGAUGAUGAUGAUGAGGAUGAUGAUGAUGAUGAUGAUGAUGAUGAUGAUGAUGAUGAUGAUGAUGAUGAUGAUGAUGAUGAUGAUGAUGAUGAUGAUGAUGAUGAUGAUGAUGAUGAUGAUGAUGAUGAUGAUGAUGAUGAUGAUGAUGAUGAUGAUGAUGAUCUUAUUUAA